AUGGGAAGAAGUUCAAUCCUGAAGAAGCUGGAGAGAUACCUGAUGAUGAGCAAUGGGAAAUCAGGCAACAGCAGCAAGAUGUUGGUGAAGAGCCGAUCGUGGCCCAAUAAAAAGACCAAAAUCAUGACGACCCCAAACGGAUGCUUCUCGGUGUACGUGGGCCCCACAAGGCAGAGGUUCGUGAUCAAGACCGAGUCGGCCAACCACCCGCUGUUCAGGACGCUGCUCCAGGACGCUGAGCUGGAAUACGGCUUCAAAAACGAGGGCCCUUUGCUGCUGCCCUGCGACGUUGAUCUCUUCUGUAGCGUCUUGGCCGAGAUGGACGAUGGGGAUGAUCAUCAUCAGGACGUCUGUGGGCCCACAUAUGCAUGCGCCAGCCCCUUUUUGGCCAGGUCCAGGACCUCCUACGCCCACCUCAGCAUUAAUACUUCCUACCAAUAG